GAAAACAAUUUCUUUCUCUUAUUCUUCUUUGAUUGUUUUCCCUUUUGUAUUUUGUUUCUUCCUUCUUCUUUUCCUUUUUCAAGUUAGGUUUUAUUCAGAGUUCGAUGAAUUUUCGAGAAGCUAGGGUUUGGAUUAGUAGAGUAGUGAACAGUGUAAUUUCUCUCUGAUUCGAGACAAUGAGUGCUGUCAACAUUACUAACGUUACCGUUUUGGAUAACCCGGCGUCCUUCUUGUCUGCUUUUCAAUUCGAGAUCUCCUACGAGUGUUUGACUCCUCUUAAAGAUGAUUUAGAAUGGAAACUUAUCUACGUGGGAUCUGCAGAAGAUGAGACUUAUGAUCAACUACUGGAGAGUGUACUUGUUGGGCCUGUUAAUGUUGGAAAUUACCGUUUUGUAUUACAGGCAGACCCACCAGACCCGUCAAAGAUUCGUGAAGAAGAUAUUAUAGGUGUCACAGUACUUCUAUUAACUUGUUCGUAUCUUGGCCAAGAGUUUGUCCGAGUGGGCUACUAUGUUAACAAUGAUUACGAUGAUGAAAAGCUUAGAGAGGAACCUCCCACAAAGGUCUUGAUUGAGAAAGUCCAAAGAAAUAUUCUGACUGAUAAACCCAGGGUGACAAAGUUCCCCAUAAAUUUCCACCCCGAGAGUGGUGGCAAUGAAGAAGCCCCACCAUCUGAUCGCCCUGUUGAAAAUGAGGGAAAUGAGGAACCCCUUCCAUCUGAUCACCCUAUUGGAAAUGACAGAGACGAGGAACUUCCUGCUUCACCAAAUCCAAAAGAACAGUAGGAACCUUAAAAUUUCUAAUUAGAAGAUAUGGUCAGUAUUCAAGAUGGAUAACCUGGUAACCGUUUCAUGGAUUGACAUUGGAUGAGGAUGCUUAAUGAAGUAAUGAUUUGGAAGUGCUGGGUUUGAUUUGGCUCUUUUUUGUUUCUUUGAGUAACUGUUUCACUAUGAUGAUUUGCUUAGGAACUUGAAAGUUAAAAUUGGAUUUCCAA